AUGCCACACUGCAAAAGCACAUUGGCAAAGGCCACUGUCAGUGAUGUACCGUUAUGGAAAAGUGGGCUCUCUUUCCAGCAGCUGGCUCUCAGCCUUGCUUUUUCCUUUGGGGUGGCAGCCGUCGCCACUUGCCUUUACCUCAUAUAUCAGCACGCGACGCAUUACCUCCGGCCAUGGGAACAAAAGCACAUCAUUCGCAUCCUCCUUGUGGUGCCCAUUUACGCUGUAGUAUCCUUCCUUUCGAUCCUGAAGUUUCGCUACGCGAUCUACUUGGAAGUUUUGCGCGACUGUUACGAGGCCUUCGCGAUCGCGUCGUUCUUCACACUUCUCGCUCAUUACGUUGCGCCGAACCUUCAUGACCAGAAAGAAUACUUCCGCGAGUUGAAUCCGAAGAAUUGGAUAUGGCCUAUCAAUUGGCUACAAGCGUGCACUGGAGGAAGGAAGAAGGGACCGUUUCGAAGGCCGCAGAGCGGGCUGACCUGGUUCAAUAUCAUCUGGUUCUGCGUCUUCCAGUACUGUCUUAUCCGUGUCGCCUGCACCGUCGUCUCCGUCUUCACCCAAAUGACAGGCCUCUACUGCGAUUCCUCCCUGUCUCCGCACUUCGCCCACCUCUGGAUCUUCAUUGUCGAAAGCAUCUCCGUCGCCAUCGCCAUGUUGUGCCUCGUCCAGUUCUACGUCCAGCUCAAGCAAGAUCUCGCGUCUCACUAUCCGUUUCUGAAGCUGCUCAGCAUCAAACUUGUCGUCUUCCUGUGCUUUUGGCAGCGUCAGAUCAUCGACUUCCUGAUCGCAAGGGGGGCGAUUGAGCCGAGCAAGAAGCUGGGUUAUCCAGAUAUCCAGGUCGGGAUACCAGGGGUGCUGGUGUGCAUCGAGAUGGCCGGGUUCGCCACCAUCCACCUCUUUGCGUUUUCGUGGCGCGAAUACAAGUUCGUGGACGGGGGUCAGCAUCGAGCUGUGAGUCCCCCACGCUUCCUUCCUCACCACAUCCUAGCAUCCGCAAUCUUUCACUCCACCAUCUUUCCUCCACCAAACAACAACCACGGCCUCAACCUCCUACUUCCCGAACCACUCCAACGCAUGACGAGGACUUCGUUGGCGUUGAGGAGCCGGAUGCACCAAGCUCCCUACCACGGCGGCCCCCUCGGCGCCCUCGCCCUCCUCGACGCCUUCAACCCCUGGGACAUCGUCAAAGCCUCCGCCCGCAGCUACCGCUGGCUCUGCGUCGGCGCGCGCCGCCGCAAAGCAGACCGCAGCUACGCGCUCACCAAGCGGAACCCCACGCCCUAUCCGUCGGCGCUGUCGUUGCCGGGCUCGCUAGACUCGUCCGCGCACUCGGCGGGGACCUCGCCGGAGGCUUCGUCGGGGAAUCUGGGAGAGAGGGCAGAGGCGAGGACGGAGAGGAGGUCAGAGGCGCCCUCGCUGCCGCCGCCGAGGAUCCUGCCGCUUGGUGGAUGGGGCACUUUGGGCCGGUGGGGUGGGGACGCUUCUGCCGAGGCCGAGGCCGAGGCCAUGGAAGACGACUAUCAGCUCGUUCCGAACGGCAGGGACGGUAGUAUGGCAGUUGGCCAGGUGUACAUGAGGCCCGGACGGUGCGGGGAUGUGCGGUCGAGUCUGCUCGAGAGCAGUGAAUUCGAGGCGGCGUAUCCGCGCGAGACGCUCAGAGUCGUGUAUCCGGACUCGGCGGGGGAUUUGAGUAGUUUGGGGUUGGAUCCGGAGAGGGAUGCGCAGGAAUGGGACGAGGUGGAGGGGGCUUAG